GGCCAGCUUGGCGGCGCAGCCGGUCUCGAGUCUUCGCCGAGGCCGCCCCGCUUCCUCCUCAGAUGGGUCCCGCCUGCCGGCUUUGCCCGCUCCUCAUCGGCGGCUUGCCUUUCCCUCAGGCAGCGAGCGGGGCAGCCCUGCGACCGCAGCGUCGAAGGACCCGUUUCUUUGGCGGCCACAGCGAGCGUGGUGGGACUGCCCGCGAAUCGGUCCGGCCAGGAGUUGGUCUCAAGCGGCGGCGGCGGAGGCACCACCACCACCACCGCCACCUGUACCGCCACGGGCGUCGUCGUCGUCGUCAGAGCCUGGCCGCUCCCGUCAUCAUGUCCGUCAGCGAGAUGUUCAUCACGUUACAAGGGGUGCUGACGGCCGACCAGGAUAUCCGCGAGGAGAUCAGGAAAGUUGUUCAAACUCUAGAGCAAACAGCUCGGGAAAUCCUAACAGUACUACAAGGAGUCCACCAAGGUUCGGGAUUUCAGGACAUUCCAAAGAAAUGUCAGAAGGCUCGAGAACACUUUGGUACAGUUAAAACACAGUUGGCAUCUCUGAAAAACAAGUUUCCUGCAGAUCAAUACUACAGAUUCCAUGAACACUGGAGGUUUGUGCUACAGCGUUUGGUCUUCUUAGCUGCAUUUGUUGUCUACUUGGAAACAGAAACCUUAGUCACUCGGGAAGCUGUUACAGAAAUACUUGGAAUUGAAGCUGACAGAGAGAGGGGCUUUCAUCUGGACAUCGAGGAUUACCUCUCUGGAGUGCUGACUCUUGCUAGUGAGCUGUCUAGGCUAGCAGUCAACAGUGUCACUGCUGGGGACUACUCUCGCCCACUCCGCAUCUCUGCUUUCAUCAAUGAGUUGGAUUCUGGAUUCCGCCUUCUGAAUUUGAAAAACGACUCCCUGAGGAAACGUUAUGACGGCCUCAAGUAUGAUGUCAAGAAGAUUGAGGAGGUCGUUUAUGACUUGUCCAUCAGAGGGCUCAACAAGGAGGCAACUGGUGGGGAAAAGUAAAAAAAAAAAGUGAUUGUGGGACUGCAUUCAUGAUUACCUCAGAUUUUCUGCCAAUGAAGGAGAAGUUUUAUGUGAACUCUCCAGCAGUAGCUUAGAGGAACCACAUGCUGCAAACCACUGUUGUUUUUCCCAAGUGAAUGUUUAGUGUUUCUGACCGAAAGCACUCAAAACUGUUGAAUGCCCAUCAUCUAGUGGACUCUUGUUUGCAGUAAAAAUCACCAUGUCUAAACAAACUGUAACCUGUGAAUUACAGCCAUGGCUGCCCAGCUGCCCUACAAGUACCAAACAUGGAAGUUUUGUUAUCCCCACGUGAUAGGUUUGUUUUCAAGCCACACUGAGCUUAAUCUUUUUUUUUGGGGGGGGGGGAAUUCCAUGUUAUUGCCACUGAUUAAACUUCAUGAAAAUCAAAAUGGGGAGCUUGGCUAUAGGAAGUACGUUAAUGCCUUUAUCAUUAGAACAUGAUCAGAAUAUGUCAUUUUCUGCUUUUGCUGGUAAAUCAUAAUGGUUCCUCUAUUGAAAUUAAGGUUUAGAAUUAUCAGUUCAGUAGAUAUAUAUUGUUGGAAUGUAUGUUUUUCAAAUAGUCAUUGUAUGGGACAUGGUUAUCUUUGUGUUCUUAAGCAAGCUGUUUAUUAGACACGGGAAGGGAAGUGAUUUAUACCUUAAAACUUGAGUAGUUAAUUGCGGGCAUUUUCCAAGUAGAUAUCCAGUUUUGAAAAAGAAAUGUUAGAAAAUGUGUCAGUGAUUUUACUGGGGGCAAGUAAGAGCAGAAUGCAAGGAGACCAAUAGCUGUAUAAGAUGAGAGAAUUUAUGAUCCUUUGGACUUUUAAGUAAUCUGUUGCAUGUUUCCUUCAUAUUUGUAUUUCAUCUCUUUUUUUAAAGAUCCUACGUAGAUUGCACAGCAGAGAAAACAGUUUAUCUUAACAAAAGGGGGGGCAUUAUUCUUACUUUAAUCCAAAAAAAUACCUGGAGGCAAGUUGUUUUUCCUCAACUUAUUUUAACUUUAGAAAGUGUCUAAAGGAUCAUGGUCUUUGUAGUACAGUAUAUAAAGCACCAGUGCAAAGCAAGCUGGGCUUUUCCUGCUAUGCAUGUGCUACAUCCACCAUGCCUUUUGCACUUCAUUUGUUUCAAGUUUCCUUAAUACACCAUGUUGUUUUCCCUAAGUAUUUUUUUUUUUUGCAUCAUGUACGUUUAUCAGACUGGUUUCUCCCAUGGUCCUAAUGUUUUCUGAUGAUAAAGGUUACCCCUGCCCCCAAAAUAUCAAGAGAAUCUUCAUACUUUAUGAUACUAGUGGUUGUAAAUAUAUCCAUUUGUAAAGCUUUGCCUUGUUCCGUUACAUUUUCUAAAAAUGUUCACAGAGAAGCAUAUACUUCCCUUGUUAAUGUGGGUGAAUAAAAUAAAAAACAUUGUUCUUUAAGAA